GGUAGGCGGCAGCAGGCACCGCGGAUUGGCGAUGGCAUGGCAGUCGCACUCUUGCACUGAUUGAUUAAAGUGUUCAAGUGAGGGUUUCUGUUAAUGUAUGCCAAUUGUCGGCUACCUUCUAUCUCUGUCCGUGUAUCUGAGCUGUAAGUGAAGUUUGUAGUCAGUUGAUUGUGCCCGUUUCUGUUCGGUUCGUGGGAGGCGCACAGGAUGUAUACAGUCUCCAAGGGUCCCAGCAAGUUGGUGGCUAAAACUCGAAGAGGAAUACCGCAGAAUUAUGAAAAGUUCGAGCUGAUGCGUGAUUUAGGAAAAAAGAACGGUGACUGUGAUAUAGCCAGUGAAUUGAGUGUUCCACGACCGGUAUUUCAGACUACGAAGAAAUCGACCCCACACUAUCUACGAGCACAGCAACAGCAAACCACGGCAGAGCAUCUCAGUCCACAACACGAGGAGCUGAUAAAAUAUAUCAAUGAUUCGUGGAAUAUGGCGGUAGCACCAAACCCCUACGAUGUUCCGGGAUCACCGGAUAGCACAAGCUCCAACAUCUCCCUCUCAUCGUCCUGCAGUACCAGCUCGGCGUCGUCCACCUGUUCGAAUUGCAGCACGACCACCCUGUACUACAACGAUCCGCCCAGCCCGGUGCUGGUGGAUUUUAAACCCUUCGAUCUGGAGUCCUGGUGGGGGAGGAGAAUAUUCAACAAUAUUACCAAAAAUCUGUGAAAGUCUGAGGCGCCAGAGCUGUCGUCGAGCGUGCGAACGUUAAACAAAGAAACUUAUUAAAUCACAUAUUUUAAAUUCUACAAACUACUCAUACAAAAGCUACCGCGAAACUAAUCAGCUGAAUCGAUAAAAAAGCAAACAAAGAAACAAACAAAACAAGUAAUCUGUGAAGCUGCUAGGGAAGUCUAAAUUGUAUAAAGUAUAGAAAUAUGUUAGUGGAAACAAAUUUGCAGGCAAAACGAGGAGUGCAUUAUCAGUUCGGCAGCACAACCAGCUAAUAAAGACUAUUGUAGAGACGAGAAGAAAACUUGGAAAGGGCGUAAAUGUGUGUUUCUGUGAUGAGAUUUAGAGCAUUUAGGAGUGUAUUGAUUUUUUUUUUGCGAAUGAAUGCAAUUGCAAUUAAAAAAAAAGAAUGUUCUAUCCGCUAGGCUGGGUUUGAUUUCCAAUAGGUUCAGAGUUCCUUUGAUUAUUGGCAUUGUACAAAAUUUAGACACGAAUUCGAAAGCACAGUAGAAUAUAUCCGGUUGGAUCUUUGCAUGGACUACGAUUCGAAUAUUUGUUUUGAUUUUGUAGUGAGUAUCUGGCUUAAUUCUGCCCCUUUACGCGUCAAGUGUUCUUCGUAUUGAGGCGUAAAAUUGGGCUGAGCUGAGGGCUUUUUAGAGCUUUAAGGGCUUGAAUUACGAAUCUGGACCGAGUAACGUUGGAAGUAGAGAAAACAACAGUGUUACGAUAGUAUGCUAGCAAAAGUUGUGCACCAGGAGGGAGAUCGCAUCGUGAAAAAGUAAUUAUACUGAGAUAGUUUUACCUAUUAGAUAUGUUACGGAACUGAGAUAAGAUACUAAAAUGUGCUAGUACGAAGAGGGAGAUGUUUGAUAAAAAAUAAUGUUGAAAACUUA